AUGAUUGUUACUGAAAACAAAACCGAUUUCAUACAAGACUAUUGCGAUGAAAAUCUUGACCGAAGAAUACUAAUCAGUAAUUCUGGUGUUUAUUCGGCUCUUACUUUGCGUCCAUCGGAUUCCGAUAUAAAGUCUAAUCACAAAUGUUUGGCUAAGAUUAUAGGAGAAGAGAUUUUGGGUGAUAAUAAUAGUUUGGCGUUUGGAAUAAGACAUGUAUGGAGUCGGACACCAUUAGGUGUGACGGCGGACAACAGACAUGUAUUUAUAAUGGGUUUGAAUGUGACGGACAUAAUAACUGUCCAUUUGGUAGCGACGAGAAAGAUUGUCCGCUUCCUAUCGCACCUAUUGAUGACGAUAUCGAACAUCGCACUCCAGCCGUUACCCAUUCAAGACUUUGAAGGAGUAGUACUACCGGUGGCCGCAGCGGCCGAAGCGGGUGCGCCGCCCGCCGCCGAUCCGGUCGCUGACGCGGCCGACGCAGCCUUUGAACCGGCUGUUGACGAUCCGGCGGCUGUCGAUCCGGGCGCUGAUGAAGCGGCUGCAGAUCCGGCCGCAGAUCCGGCCGCAGAAGAACCGUCUGCUGAAGGAUUGGUCGCUGAAGAACCGGCCGCUGAGUUUACAUUUGUACCUGAUCCACUUGUUCCAGCCGAUGCAGCCGAACCUUGUUUCGGUGCUCCCGUCACACUACCCGAACGCGCCGACUGCGCUCCCGAUGCCGGAGCCCCUGAUGGCUGUGCUUCUGGUGGCGGCGCCCCGUCGGCGGGUGGAGGCGGUGGC